UCAAAACACGACAUGAAGCUGUGUUUGGUGUCGUUUGUUUACAGUCGCAGUUGCUCUGCCAUAUAAUGAUAAUUCAAUAAUUCUGAAUGCAUUUCACGCUGUAUGUUGUAGCACUUUUGUUUUGUUCCAUUCUAAUAUCACAAUGUUGCUGCAGGAGCACAUAUAAAGUAAAAAUUGACGAAGGUAAAAUCAUUGCAAACUUGUCCCAUUUCUGGGAGAGCACAGGUUUCUGCCCUCCUGCUCCACACCAGGAUGCAGCAGCCUUUGAUCUUGGAACAGAUAUGCUGCAUAACCUGGCAUACAUAGCUGCUGUACCCAAUGGAGGCAUUAAACAAGUCAGAGUGCAUUGGCUAUUGGACCUAGUUAAAGUUCAAGGAGUUGAAGGAAGGUUUCCUGUGUAUAAUUUUAGUCAUCUAGACCAGUUUAUAGAAAUGCUGAUCCAGUUAGAUUUACAGCCUGGGUUUGAGAUUAUGGGAAACCCAGGGAAUUUUUUCACUGAUUUUGAGAACAAUACUCAGAUUUAUGCCUGGAGAGACAUGGUUGCAGCCAUUGCCAAGCGUUAUGUCGACUAUUAUGGAGAGGAGUCUGUGUCAAAGUGGAAGUUUGAAACCUGGAAUGAACCAGAUUUGCAUGAUUUUGACAAUCUUACAUUCACGAUGCAAGGCUAUCUGAACUACUAUGAUGCCUGCUCAGAAGGUUUAAAAGCUGCCUCACCUGAACUAAAGCUUGGUGCACCAGGAGGUGUUUGCAGGGAACCUGAAUCCAGAUAUAAACUGUGCUGGGGUCUCUUCAAACAUGUGGUUAGUGGGACAAACUAUUUUACUGGUGAAAGAGGAGUGAGACUGGACUUUAUUUCUUUUCACAAAAAGGGUGGCAAAAGAAAGCAACACAUGGGUAAAUCACAAACCAUCAUGGAAUCGGAGCUGGACCUGAUCCAGAAAAUUCAUACAAGAACUCCUAAGUUGAAACACAUACCAAUAAUAAAUGAUGAAGCAGAUCCAAUGACAGGCUGGAGUGAGCCAGAGCAGUGGAGGGCAGAUGCCACAUAUGGAGCUGUGGUAGCAAAGGUUAUUGCUGAGCACCAAAAUCUUAUCCUUUCUAAGAAGAACAACAGCAUCAAUUAUCAGCUUCUGAGCAAUGACAAUGGGUUUCUUAACUACUAUCCUAAUUACUUCACUCAGCGCACACUUCUUGCCAGGUUCCAAGUAAAUAACACUCAGCCACCGCACACACAGUUCAUUAGGAAGCCAGGUUACUCUGUCAUGGGAAUGUUGGCUUUAUUAGGAGAACACCAGGUUCAGGCACAGGUUACAUGUAAUGGGUUACCUUUGACUGACUUCAGCAGACUUGGAGUUUUGGCAUCCAUUCAUAUCCCAUAUGAAGACCUUGGUCCAGACAGUUGGCAGUUUUCUGCUUUGGUAUAUAACAGCAAUGACACUUCCAAUGCUACUGGAUUUGACCUUUUGGAGAUUCAUUUUGGUGAUUUGAAACCUCCCUCUUCUACAGAUCUUAUGUGGGUGCAAUACAUACUAGACAAUAGCCAUGGUAAUCCCAGCAGUAUAUGGGAAAAGCAAGGCAAACCAAUCUUCCCUUCAGUGAAACAGUUCAAAGACAUGAGGGACAAUGAAGGUCCUGUAAGAGUCUCCCAUCCAGCUGCCUAUAAUACAACACAAUCUGCAUUCAAGUGGAAGUUACCAUUGCCUGGGGUGGUGCUCUUUCAUAUAUGUGCCAAGCCAAAAAUGCCACCUAAUCAGGUCACCAAUGUAAUAGUUACAAACAUAACUUCUAAUCAAGUCUUGGUGACAUGGAGUGAUUCCUGUGUGCACUCCAGAUGCCUUUUAACAUAUGAAGUAGAAUUGUCCACACAUUCUUCGGGGACACUGGUUUAUCAUAGGAUAAAUCCAUCAGACACGAUAUUUACAAUGUUUGUGUUUGCUCCAGAUGAGUCAGAUUCCUCAGUCUUUGGCUUAUACAGAGUGCGAGCUGUGGACUUUUGGGGGAGAUUUGGACAGUACUCAUUGCCUGCACAGUACCCUCAGAAAAACAUUGAGAAGUACAGCACCAAGCAACACUGCAGCAGAGGAAGACUGAAAAGAUCCCAUAGAUAUCCUGGAAGUUAAGAUGAACUUUUGCAUUACAAUAUAA